GCCACUCUGAAGAAGCAAAUAUUCUUCACCCUUACGAAGGUACUCAGCGAUAUGUUGCAAGAUAAAGGAAGCCGUUCUCUGCCAGACAUGGAGAAGCACAGUCAGUCCAAACAACUUGUCCAGCACCCAGCACCACAACAAGAGGAAGAAGUCGAUAGGCAGCCGCCAAACUCGAGAGGUGCUCCGGCAGUCAGACUUGAGAUGGACCUUGAUGUGGAUAUUGAGCUCAAGGGAAAAAUCAAGGGGGAUGUGACGGUGGCUAUCUUAGAAGAUGAGAAGAGACAGGACUAG